AUGCAGUUUAGUGCCAAAAACAUGAAUCCUUUUCUUUCUUUUAGGGAACUCAGAAACAAAGCAGAUAUUCAAUUUGGAGAUAAUGGAACGACAGUAUCUGCUGUUAGGAAAGAGGCCUAUGUUUUUGAACGAAAUCAAUCUGUUGGAGACCCUAAAGUUGACUUAAUUAGAACAUUAAAUAUUCCUGCGGUGACUGCCAUGGAAUGGGCCCAGUUCCGCUUCCUCCGGGAGCUCAUCGAGGCCCUGUUGAAGGCCUAUCAGCAGACGCUCUUUGUGACCCACACCGUGGACGAACUGCUCUGGGGCUACAAAGAUGAGCUCUUGUCCCUCAUCAACAUUUUCAAGCCAGAGAUCUCUCCCUAUUUUGGCCUGUACUAUGGGAAAAAUGGGACGAGUGAUGGAGACUAUGUUUUUCUAACUGGAGAAGACAGUUACCUUAACUUUUCAAAGAUUGUGGAAUGGAAUGGAAAAACUUCCUUGAAGUAUAAACUUAGGUUAUUUGAGAAUUUCAUGUUUCUUGAGAUGGGUGCGCCUAUUAUUAUAUCUUUCCCACACUUCUACCAAGCAGACGAGAAGUUCGUUUCUGCUAUCGAUGGUAUGCACCCGAAUAAGGACUAUCAUGAGACAUUUGUGGACAUUAAUCCUUUGACUGGAAUUAUUCUCAGAGCCGCGAAGAGGUUCCAGAUCAACGUUUAUGUCCAGAAGUUAGACGACUUUGCUGAAACAGGGAACAUUAGAACCCUGGUUUUCCCAGUGAUGUAUAUUAAUGAGAGUGUUCUCAUUGAUAAAGAGACUGCAGGUCGACUGAAGUCUGUGAUUAACACUACUUUGAUCAUCACCAACAUACCGUACAUUGUCAUGGCCCUGGGUGUGUUCUUUGGUUUGAUCUUCACCUGGCUUGCAUGCAGAGGACAGGGAUCCAUGGAUGAGGGAACCGCAGAUGAAAGAGCACCCCUCAUACGCACCUAACUGAGGCCCGAGCUCGGUGGAGGAGCCGUGUGAGCUGUCCUGGGCCGGACCCGCCCUGAGGAAACUAGCCGCGUCCUCACAGGCAUGUCGCCUGUUGCAGAGAGGAGGGAGGAGACCCCGCGCUGGCUAGUGAGGAGAGCGCUCCGGCAGGAGGUUGAACCACAGACUGACCUGGCUGGCCAUUAGGCUUUAUAAAAUUGUUUUGUUUUCCAUGUGUCUAGCAAGUAUUUAAUAAACUCUUGUAUAGUAAUUUUUUUGUUGUUGUUAUUAGGUGCUGGUAGCUCCAGAAUCUUGUGACCACUGUUGUGGUUAAAAUGUGUCCGCAUCGCUUGUUAACGUUCCUUGGUCUAACCUUAUUCAGUAUGCUUCAGUCACCAAGCUUGGAGCUCAAAAUAUAUAAAUACUAUUUUAUGUUGUAUUCCUCCAUUCAUCUCACCCCCAAAACAGAAGUAAAUAAGAGUUCGGAACCCAAGGUAAAAUGGGAGCCUCAUUCAAUACAUCAUUAAAAUGCAUCUAAUUUCCUCUUUUAAAAAAGUGAUAUAUUGUAUUUCAUGCUAAUCUUCAGUUCAUAAUUCCUCCAGGAAAAUAAUCAGCCUUUUGACUACUUUCAAGCCGGCUGGGAACCCAGCGGGGAAGGGGUGUGUGGGGUGAGGUAUGCAGUGGGGCGAUACCUGCGAGUUGAUUGUGAUUAAGCCCCUGAGGAUAUUUGACUUGUACUUUUGUGAAUUGAGAGGAUGCACAAAUAAUGUUGGUGAGGACAAAUACAGAUAUUUCAUAUGGAGUAGAAGUGAAUGCUAGUUAUGACAUUUGUGGGUAGUUUGGUUUUUUUUUUUUUUAGUCAAAGUGAUCUUGAUGUGGAAAGGUGCUUCUGGGAGGUGUCAUCAGUAACUGAUUUUUUCCCCCAGUCACCCUUGCCAAAUAUGAUAUUCUAUCAGUUACAAUAUUAUUGAGUUGUUCUUUGUAAAAUUAUUUAUGAAUAUGGGAAAUCCAUCCCUCCACAGCCUAAAUUACACAUACAUUUCGGGAAGUCUGACUGCACUAACAAGACAUUUCUUCAGGCAGUCUUCUUGGGAACUUUGAAAUUGUUUUUGUCAGUUGGCUUUCUUUCCUCAGAUUUGGUUCCUUCCAGUGUUCUGUGGUUCACUGUCACUCACUGAAGAGAGAAAAAUGUGCCCUACGCUUCCUGCGACAAUCACCUUGCUGACGGAAUGAAUGAUGGUGUCUUAAAAUAUUGCACAGAAAAUGCUUUAAAGGAAGGUCCCUGGGGACCCAGGAGCAGGGCCGCCUCUCCUCAGAAGACCUCUUGGCUUUUAGUGCAACCUAAAUCAGAGGAUUAGGAACCAUCACAUGUCACAAAUUCAAGCAUAUUUAAGAGCAUUUUCUUUGUUCUCAAAAUUCACUAUUCAUUUUUGAUCAAGAAACCUAUAUAGUUACCCAGCAAAGUGUACAUAGAAUUUCUUAACAACUGAAUCAUCUUACAGGAUUUUGUGUUUAAAACUGGAGUUCAGUGUAAGCAAAUGAAGAAAAAAAGCCAUGGAUUUCACAAAUACAGCUUUUGAUCCCUGUGUGGAGGUAAUAAAUCCCAUUAUUUGCCCCAAUUUCUUCCUCUCUACACUAAAGCAAUAUGUGACAUGUUCCCUUCUUGAGGGGGCAAUUCAUUCAACUCUCAACUUCUCUGUGAAUGAAGAUAGAACUUGUAGAUAUCCCAAAUCACCAAAAUGGGAAAAACUAAAUUGAAAAUAUUUUGUCUUCAAGAAUGCCAAAUAUCUAGAUUUUUAAAUUUAUCAAUAUUUAACUAUAUAAUUGGCACACCUUAUUCUUUUGUUUAUCCACUUAUCCACAUGAAUAAAACUGAUAAACCAGUGCAUAUUCAUUGGUUCAUCCUAUUAUCAGGGUAUAGUCAUCUGUGAGGAGGAAAUUUUUAAAUACUACAAAUGAUUUAACAGCUGAUGUACACUUCAGACUGACUCUCACACAGGCAGGGAGACCAAAAACAUAUUACUGCCAUGUGAUUCUUAAUAGUUAUUUCGCUUAACAUCCCGUUUGGUAUUAUCUCUCUGAAAAAUCUGUGGCAAGCCCAUACACUGCAGUCAAGAUUAUAGACUGGUUAAGAAGAACGAAUGUGCCUAUUUGGCUUUAGGGUGAAAAUAACAAACUAUUCCUCAUGCUGAUUCUCUUGGAGCCAUUAUCCUGGAAAGGCCUCCAAAGUCUUUGUGAUUGUCAUUAUCACAGAAUAUGUGUGUCCUGUACUAUGACACUCAAUUUAGGGAGAAACCAAAGAGAGAGAGGUGACCUCGCUUCUCUCAGGGAAAAUUGAGAGUUGAACACAGGACACAAAAUGGGCUUUGCCACUUUUAGCUCAAGGCUUUUCCUACUGGACUUUAUUUCCUCAUGUUCUAGAAAGAUCACUAAUGGUCAAGUGGAGCAAGUACUGUACAACUAACCCCUAUUGGGGUUUUUACUGAAGGGAGGCUGGUUUUUUUUCUAUUUAAAUUGCUUGAGAUACACAUUGUGCAAAAGGUAACCUUCACACUUGGCCCUCUGGGCAUUAUUUCUGGAAUUAAUUGCUCGUGGCUAUCAAACAGAAUACUGACCAGAAUGCUCUUCCUGUAGCUUAAAUAAUUGGUUCAUUUCAUGUGAUUCUUGACCUGUUUAUUUCUACCCUUAACGCAAUGAAGUAUUUCACUAAUAAAACUGUUUCUAGGAAA